AUGACGGAGAACCGGCCACCCCUCACAUCACCGGAAGAUGAAGAGGAGCCUUAUAUGAGGAAUGACAAUCUAUGUAAGGAGGAGGAACGUUCUCCAGAGAUCAGCACAGACCCCGGAGACACUCAGAGGGACCUCAAAACUGAGGAGGAGGAAGAAGGACAUGUGAGGAUCAAAAAGGAGGAAGUUCCUGUAAAGAUCAGCACAGAUGAACAACACAUCAGCAACAACAUGGGGGGACUUCCCAUUAAGGACAUCACAUCCGGGCCUCGAGGAGAAAGCCCCAUGACCCCAAAUCUCCAUCCUGUCCAUCCCAGUGCAGAUCUGUCAUCUGAUCCCUCCACACGUGGAGGACGUUUUCCAGAUCACUCCCCUCCCGUCACUCCUCAUACAGAUCAUAGAAAGGGUGAAAAGUUCCCGUGUUACAUUUGUGGGAAAUGUUUCACCCGGAAUGAAACUCUCACCGUACACCACAGAUCUUACACGGGGGAGAAGCCAUGUUCCGUUUGCGGGAAAUGUUUCCUUCGGAAGUUGUGCUCGAUUAACCAAGAAAGAUCUCACACCGAAGAGAAGCCCUUUUCGUGCUCCGAAUGCGGGAAAAGUUUCAGCCAGAAGUCCAACCUUACUUUACACCGACGGAUCCACACCGGCGAGAAGCCGUAUUCUUGCCCCCAGUGCGGGAAAUGUUUCCACGUAAACGCCCGCCUUCUCCAACACCAGAGGACUCACACCGGGGUGAAGCCGUAUUCGUGUUCGGAGUGCGGCAAGUGUUUCACCGAGAGCUCAACUCUUGCUAAACACAAGCGAACUCACACCGGGGAGAAGCCGUAUUCGUGUUCGGAGUGCGGGAAAUGUUUCAGUCAGCGCUGCAAUCUCGAGUUACACAAGAGAAUCCACACCGGGCAGAAGCCGUAUUCGUGUUCGGAAUGUGGGAAAUGUUUCACAACUAGCUCGGCUCUUGCGAAUCACAAGAGAACUCACACAGGGGAGAAGCCGUAUUCGUGUUCAGAUUGCGGGAAAUGUUUCACGGGGAAAAAAAAUCUUCUCUUACAUCAGCGAGUUCAUACUGGGGAAAAGCCAUGUUCCGUGUGCGGGAAGUGUUUUCUUCGGAAGCUGUGCUUGAUUAACGAAGGAAGAACUGGUACCGGAGAGAAGCCGCAUUCGUGUUCAGAAUGCGGGAAAUGUUUCAGCCAGAAGUCCAGUCUUAAUUACCACCUCCGGGCUCACACCGGCAUGAAGCCGUAUUCCUGUUCCCAUUGUACUAAAUGCUUUCACACAAACGCCCGUCUUCUCCAACAUCAGAGAACUCACACGGGGGAGAAGCCCUAUUCGUGUUCGGAAUGUGGGAAAUUGUUCACCUCGAGUUCAGCUCUUUUUCAUCACAAGAGAAGUCACACUGGGGUGAGGCCGUAUUCAUGCACGGAGUGUGGGAAAUGUUUCACAGAGAGUUCGGCUCUUGUCAAACACCAGAGAACGCACACUGGUGUGAAGCCGUAUUCAUGUGAAGAGUGCGGGAAAAGUUUUACUUCGCACUCGGGGCUUGUGAAUCACAAGAGAACUCACACGGGAGAGAAGCCGUAUUCGUGUUCAGAAUGUGGGAAAUGUUUUGCUACGCCGUCUGCUCUUUUUUACCACCACCGAACCCACACCGGGGAGAAGCCGUAUUCGUGUUCGGAAUGCGGGAAAUGCUUUACCGAGAGUUCGGCUCUCGUGAACCACCAAAGAACUCACACGGGGGAGAAGCCGUUUCCAUGUUCAGAAUGCGGGAAAUGUUUCACGACGAGUUCGUCUCUCGUUGAUCACAAGAGAAUUCACACGGGGGAGAAGCCCUAUUCGUGUCUGGAAUGCGGGAAGAGUUUUACUAUGCGAUCAGCUUUCGUUUAUCACAAGAAGACGCACAUGGGGGAAAAGCCGUAUUCAUGUUCACAGUGCGGGAAGAGUUUUUCCGAGAAUAAAAAUCUGCUUUUACAUCAGAGAAGUCACACCGGGCAGAAGCCGUAUUAUUCAUGAUAAGGAUGAGAGA